UCCGCUAGUCUGACCGCGGUGGCCUCGCGUCUUCUCCCACCUGGAGGAUUUAUUCUUCAUCCCCAGUUAAAAAAAAAGUGGACCACAACCACGUGGAGCAGUUCUUCCUGUUUGUCAACUUGUCACUGUGGUGCAAACAUGACUGAGGUGGCGCAGGUCGCGGCUGCAGUCGUCGAUGACGUUGAUGAUGUCACAACUGAGGAGCAAAAUGGCAGUGAAGUGGAAGACCAGGAAGAAGACAUGACCCAGGAGUGUGAGGAGGAUGUGGCAGAAGAUGCAGAUGACGUUGCUGAUGAGAAGGAAAAAGACAAUCCUGACACUUGUCAGGAGAAGCAAAUGAAUGGAGUCAAGCCCAAAGAAAAAAGCCAGGCGGAGACGAGUCAGGAAUCCCAAACAUUAAAUGGUGAUGCCAAGAACACACAAGAGGGAGAGGCUGACAUUGAGGACCAGAAUGUUUCAGACGUGAUCCUGAGAAAAGAGAAACUGAUGAGGUCCCGAAAGCCUGUGGCCAGGAGCUACGUUCCCAAGGUGUCCAAGGAGAAGGGAGAGGUGACGGGCAAGUUCGAAGCCAUGCAGAAGGCCAGAGAGGAGCGCAGCAGAAAGAGGAACCAGGAUGAGCAGCAGAAGAGGAAAGAGCAGUACAUCAAGGAGAGGGAGUGGAAUCGGAGGAAGCAGCAGAUAAAAGAACUUCUGGCUUCCAGUGAUGAGGAAGAGGAAGUGAAACCAGCGAAGGUGGAAAAAUCAUACGUCCCUAAAAUCACAGGUAGUGUCAAAGGGAAGUUUGCGGAAAUGGAAAAGCAAAGACAAGAGGUGGAGAGGAAGAGGAUGGAAGAAGAGCGGAAGAGGAGAGAGGCCCAGGACAAACUGGAGAAGGACAAAAUAAAGAAAGAACUGGCCAAGAAAGCGGUGGAGGAAGGGGAUGACACCUUUCUUGUUCGAGUGGUCCCUGCAAAACAAUCGCGACAACCUGGAAGAAUCAAGAUGAACUUCGAAGACAUGGAAAAGAAUCGAGAGGCGGAGCUGCAGAAAGUAGCUGAGGAGGAAAAGAAGAGACGAUAUGAUGAGAACAGGCGCUCCUUCAGGGAGGCGAAGCGUCACUCUGCACUUCCAGAGGAUGAGGAGGAGAAGCCCCAGGAGAAGUCGCAGGUCAUACCUGGCAAGCUGAAGAUGACAUUUGAAGAGCUGGAGAAAGAAAGACAAGAGCAGAGGAGGAAGCAGGCAGAAGAUGAGGCGAAACGACGCCUUGAAGAGGAGAAGAAAGCUUUUGAAGAGGCCAGGAUGGGACAGGACGAAGAUGAGGGAGACACUCAGCCAUCGCUGGAGGACAAAGAGGAGCUCAGACCUGGAAAACUCAGGCUGAGUUUCGAGGAACUUGAGAAACAAAGGGUGGAGGAAGUACGCAAGAAAGCAGAGGCCGAGGCACAAAGACGAAUGGAGGAGGAGAGGAGAGCCUUUGCACAAGCCAGGAAAAGCAUGCUUGUCGAUGAGGACGAUGAGGUCCUGAUGGCCUUGCUCAACCUAGAGGGCAGUAAACCUGGAAAAAUCUGCGCCAGUUUUGAGGAUCUGGAGCGGCAGAGACGUGAGGAGGAGCAGAGGAGGGCAGAGGAGGAGGCCAAAAAGAGACUGGAGGAAGAGAAGAGGCUCUUCGCCGAGGCACGCAAGAACAUGAGCGCUGGUGUGGAUCAGGAAAAUUCUGCAUAUGGAGAUGAAACAGUGGACGAUGAUGACGGUUUGCUGGUCAAGACUGAGUCGCAGGAAGCGCUGCACCCAAGAAGACUUGAAAUCAACUUUGAGGAGCUGCAGAAAGAAAAGGAGGCAGCUGAAAGGAGGCGCAAAGCCGAGGAGCGCAAGAAGAAACUGGAGCUGGAGAAGCAGGAGUUUGAGCAACUCAGACAGGAGAUGGGCGAGGAAGAAGUGAAUGAAAGCUCAGACGUUGUGAGCAAAGAGUACGAAGAGCUGACCAAACUGAAGAGGACAGGCUCCAUCCAGGCUAAAAACCUGAAGUCAAAGUUUGAGAAGAUCAAGCAGCUGACGGAAGAAGAAAUUCAAAAGAAGAUCGACAUGGAGAGAGCGAAAAGAAAGGCCAUCGAUGAUGAAAUCAAAGAGAGAGAAGCUGAAAGGCUUCAGGAGGAAGAGGAAGAAGGUGAGACGACUGCGGUGAGGCCAGAGGAGUCCCCGUUCAAACAGAAGGUGGACAUGCGAGCUCGAUUUGAACAAAUGGCCAAAGCAAGGGAGGAUGAGGAGCGGAGAAGGAUAGAGGAGCAGAAGCUACAGAGAAUGCAGUUUGAGCAGCAAGAGAUUGAUGCUGCUCUUCAAAAAAAGAAGGACGACGAUGUUGAAGAGGAGGGAAGUAUCAUCAAUGGGUCAGCAGCUUAUGAAGAUGAGGAAGACCAUGCCAGAUCAGGAGCUCCAUGGUUCAAGAAGCCUCUCAAGAACCAAUCGGUGGUGGAUUCUGAGCCAGUUCGGUUCACAGUGAAGAUCACUGGGGAGCCAAAGCCAGAGGUCACGUGGUGGUUCGAGGGAGAGAUGCUUCAAGACUGUGAGGACUAUCAGUAUAUAGAAAGAGGGGAGACCUACUGCCUCUACCUGCCGGAAACCUUUCCAGAGGAUGAGGGAGAGUACAUGUGCAAGGCUGUGAACAGCCGCGGGACUGCUGCGAGCACCUGCAUCCUCACAAUAGAAAGUAAGACCACCUUGGUGUGACUGCAUGCCUACAUGACUCUUCAGGAUCGAUAUGGAUCGCAUGCUCCUUUUUCUAGUCAAUAAGAACACUGGACCAAGAUGGGUAACUGUUUCUGUUUUUUUUCUGUCUUACAGCCUAUGACUACUGAAGCCCUGCGAAUCUCUCUGACUCAUUUUGUAAAAAAAAAAAGACAAUAACAAAGAAAAAACGAAAUCUCUCAUUGUUUCAAAGCUGAAGGGGAAUAGACGACCUGCAUGUCAUUCCUUGGAGUGAGAUCUGACAAAGAAAAUGUUCUUUACUUGACGCCCAAUUGUAAAGCCGUGCUCCCUGUUAGUGUCGGAAGUUAUGUGCCAAAGACAAACUUUUUAAGAGAUGCAUAAUAGCUGUAUUUUCAGUGAAGACCAGUAGACCCACAAUUAGGCUUCAUCCCAAAAGGUAAAUAAAACACACAUAUUGGCAGUAUUGCAAAAGAAAAAAAGAAGCAGGAAAUGUUUUUGAGCAACAUGGUUAAAUCUAUUCUGCAACAUGCUUUAAAGCAACACAUGAGUGGCAGUGUCUGAAUCCACAUUUCAAGGAGCCAACUGAGUUGAGUUGGCGUUAUUAUUUCAUAAAUAUCUGUGUUGCUCACGGAUACAAAGCUUGCAGUAAUUGAACAACAGAACACUCACAGCAGUUUUAGAAUUCAGUCCCAGCUCUUGACUUACAUCUUUGUGUAACUCGGAAAAAAAAAUCACGUGUUUUGAUCUCACUUAUUUGUUUUCACAGCAUUUGAAUGUGUACCAAUCUUGGUACAGUUGUCUGCCAGAUGUGUUUCGCUGUGCUUGCUUAAUGGUUUUGAUGAUCAAACAGUCAUAGGGUUGAAAUAUUUGUUAUAUGAAUAAAAUGUUUUAUUAAA